AUGGCUAAUCUUCAAUUAUUCUUCAUUAUUGUGGAUUCUCUACCGUUCAUGUUUGUUUCUGCAUCUCAUUCCUCUUUAGAUUAUGAUAAUGUCAAGACUUUAUCUCCUGCAAUAAAUAAUGAGAAGGUUAAUCUGUCUCUGUACUAUGAGACAUUAUGCCCAUAUUGUGCAUCCUUCAUCUCAGAUAACCUUGUGAAGGUCUUCCAGAAUGAUCUCGAUACCAUUGUCAAUCUCAGGUUGGUCCCUUGGGGCAAUGCUUUCAUUGUUGGCAAUAGAACCCAGUGCCAGCACGGGGAAGAAGAAUGCUACUUAAAUACUAUACAUAGCUGUGUCAUCCACCUCUGGCCUGAUGUGAAGAUGCAUUUCGAGUCCAUUGACUGCACAGAGAAACGAAACUUAAAGCGGGGGCCAGUUACGUCCCGGUGGGAACCUUGCUGUGAAAAACACUCUGAGGACAGAAUCAAGGAAUGCUAUAAUAGUGGAUAUGGAAAUAAGCUUCAGCUACAAUAUGCUAAUGAGACUGCAAGUCUCAAUCCUCCUCAUGAUUAUGUGUCAUGGGUGGUGGUGAAUAACCAGCCAAUCCUUGAUGACUUUGUAAAUUUUGUGAAAUAUGUCUGUCAAGCUUAUAAAGGUGAUCAUGUACCACUGGCUUGCAAAGCACAAUCAUCCAAUGUCAGCUCAGAUAAGAUGGCAAAUAAAAUCCAUCCGGGCUGCUAUGCUACUGAAAUUUUUAGAAACUCAGCACCAUCCACAGCAGCAAAAACAGUAAUGGCUUCUUCCCAGUUACUCCCCUUUCUUCUACUUUCUCUGCUCAUCAUCCUCAUCUGUCCAUCUCAUUCUUCUCCAGAAAACAAUGUCACCGAGUCUCAAUCUCUUUCCAAACCAAAGAAAGUUAACCUGUCUCUGUACUAUGAGUCUCUAUGUCCAUAUUGCCGGAGGUUCAUUGUAAAUCAACUCGUGAAGGUCUUCAACAGUGAUCUUCUCAACAUUAUCAAUCUCAGGCUGGUUCCCUGGGGCAAUGCUAAAGUUGUAAAACCUGACAAGACCAUCAAUUGCCAGGUUCCAUUUCCAUGGUUCUAUCUUCAUGGUGAAGAUGAAUGCUACCUGAACACCAUACAUGCCUGCGCCAUUAAUAUCUGGCCUGAUCUGAGAAAGCAUUUCAACUUCAUCUACUGUACUGAAAAUCUAGGAGUUCACAUCAAGGAUGGUCAGCACUCUGACGGUGCAGCUGCGUUGUGGAAAGCCUGCUCCGCGAGAUUGGGUAUGGAUCAGAAACUCAUCAAGAAGUGCUAUGACAGUGGGCAUGGAAGAAAGCUUCUACUGCAGUACGCUACUGAAACCGACAAUCUCCAUCCAAAACAUUUAUAUGUUCCCUGGGUGACAGUGAAUAAUCAACCUCUUUUUGAUAAAUACGAAAAUUUUGUAACCUAUGUCUGCAAUGCUUACGAAGACAAAGCUCUGCCAAAUGCCUGCAAGUCACAUUCUCCAAAAGAAACUGAAGAAGAAAGUUCAAUCUAUCCUGCCUGCUACCCAGACUCAGCAUCAUUCAUUCCAGCAAAGGAAAUCCCAAAUUCAGCAGAGACUUCAUUGGUGCAGGGAAGGAAAAUAGAAGCACCAGCAUAAAUUCAUGCUGGAGUCGCACGAAUGGAACAUUUAACUUUAGCGUUUUCAUUUUGCACUUGGAACAAAAUGUAAUUAAUGUUAAUCUUAUUUGAUAAUCUUUCCAAGUUCAAACUUGAAGAAUGAAAAAGGAGAUUUUAUGAAUGAGAUUCAUCGCCUGGUUCCAGGCUUGC